UUGCUCAGCUUCAGCUGUGUUAAAAUGGCGGACGACGAAAUUGUCUACCCGAAUUCGCCUACGGCUAAUUGGAACUGUGGAUUGGAUUUUUAUUGCUUGGAUUGGGAAGAACACACCGUGGAUAGUUUCGAAACUCCAGAUCUCGUUCAUAAAAGAGUUACAGAGCUCCGCGAAGGAGGAUCGAUAUGGCGUAUGGAAAUUUUCGAUUAUGGAGCAUGGGCCAUCAGGUUUCGAAGAGCCUGUCCUGAAUUGCUUCGAGUCCCGUCGGUAUUUCAGUCUGAGCAGAGGAAAUUGGCCAGGUUGAUCUGUGAGAGACAGUAUGCGGCACGUCUCGAGGCUUUGAGUGAGGGGGUGGAGGAAGAUGAGGAGUAGGUGAAAAGGAGCAAUUGGGAAUGAGGUGAUAAAGAUAGAAACUGGAACGCGGAACCAAUUAGAAGCCAUAGAUUUCUAUUACUAUAAUUGAUUCAGAGAAGAUGUUGAAGGUGGUAGCAGCAAAGCCCAUGAGAGGGAGAAACUCUGAUGAUAUAUGAGGCAAAACUACGCAUCCAUGCAACCGUCGAGUACGAGGGUGUAGUCUGAGGGGCAAAUGGCAUCUUGACACCCCUUCCAACGCAAAUCACUCGAUCUGCCACCUCGCGAUUAAGACUCAGGAUCUAACAAUCUCCACAUCAGCAACGCAUACUCCCUCUCCGGCCGUGCAGACGACCACCUCAGCAAUGCAUACUCCCUCUCCACGGCCGUGCAGAAGACCACCUUAAACCGCAUCUUGUCUUCGCUCUCACGUAUGAAGUCCCGCAGCAACGUCCAUGCAGGUCGGACACGAACAAUCAUACU